UUUGCUGCCUGUCCAAACGGAAAAGGAGGCACAGAAGUUGUUUCUCGUUGUGAUCGUACAUGUUGUGUUGUUCAGUAGCUCCUUAAUAAGCCUGUCGCCGAUACUAUUUCUUCAUUUUUGAGAACCUAUAAGCAUUGACAUUAUCACGCAGCCAAGUGAGUGCGCAUUUUUCCUGUGUGUAUCCAUCAGUUUGGGGGUUUGUCAAUAACGAAAGUAAACUGAAGAGGGCCCGUGAAGCCAUGGCUGACAGUAUGGAUGAAGACAUGUCGGAAGAGCCUGUACCUCUCCAGCAGGACCUGACCUGUCCCGUUUGUCAGGGCAUCUACCGGGACCCCGUGCUGCUGCCUUGUAGCCACAGCUUCUGUCGGGAGUGUCUGCAGAGAAGUCUUCAGUUCAACAAGAAGUGUCCCUUGUGCAGGGAGAAGUUUGAGGAAGGGCAGGACGUCUCCAACCGUGCGCUCAGCAACGCCUGUGAGACUUUCCUCAAACAGACCAACUGGCGGCCGAAUCAGAAACCUGUCAGUGAGGACGCCUGUAACCUGCACCUGAAGCCCCUGGAGCUCUACUGUGAGAAGGAUGAGGAGCCUGUGUGUGUGGACUGUGUCUCUCUACACAACACACACAGGCUGUGGCCGUUGAAAGAGGGAGCGCCAAUAUGCAAGAGGGAGCUGGGGUUCAAAGUCCAGAUUUUUGAAAAGAAAGUGGAGUCCCACAAGAAAAUGACACAUAAACUCAACAACGCGGUGCAAUACAUCAAGUUUCAAGCUGGGCAGGCGGAGAAUCAGAUCACUGAGUUUGAGAGGCUCCGCAAGGCGCUUGUUACAGAAGAAGCUCUGCGUCUAAGAGCCCUGGCUGCUGAGGAGGAGGAGAAGAUUGCUGCCAUACAGGAGCUAAUUACCAACACAAACAAGGACAUCACUGAUCUAAAGGAGCUCAUUGAUUCUCUGAAGAAAGAGAUGGGCAAUGAGGAUCUACCCCUCCUGCGGAAUUUCCAGAAUUUAAAAAGGAAAGCUCAGUGGACUCGUGAAGACCCUUGCCUAACUGAUGAGUCUCUUUUGAAUAUGGGCAAGCAUGUUGGUGCUUUGAGCUUCAACGUCUGGAAGAACAUGCAGGCCCAUGUUAAAUAUACUUCUGUGGUGUUAAACCCGAACACAGCAUCUCCAUGGUUGUCCUUGAGCCCUGACCUAACCAGUGUGAAGGAAAGCUCAGAGCGGCUGACCACUCCUGACAAUCCGGAGCGCUUUGAUCCUUGUGUGUUUGUCCUGGGUGCUGAAGGUUACACCUCUGGGAAACACAGAUGGGAUGUCAUUGUUGGUGACAAUCCCAAGUGGAUUGUGGGAGUGUGCAAAGAGUCAGUAGCCCGUAAAAAGAAGUUCACUGUCUCUACGAGUCGUGGUGUGUGGUCCAUUGGACUGAGCAAAGGGGUGUACACCGCCUUAACACCUGAGCGUACAGAGCUGCAGGUGCAGCAGCGUCCCGAAAAGAUCCGCAUCAAGCUGAAUAUGGAUAAAGGAGAAGUAUCAUUUUGGGAUGGGGGGACAGCAAAGCACCUUGUCACUUUAACACACAAGUUUGAUGAGAAGAUGUUUCCUAUUUUUGGCCCUGGGCUCCAUAGUUCGCCAAUGAAUCUGGCUCCAGGAAAAAUUGCUAUACACACCUCAUGAUGGGCCAGUAUACAGCAGAGGGAUGGCUGUUGACUUAAGAGCUGAAAAUAAUUAAUGUUUUCAAAUAAAAAAAUGUUUUCAAAGCAAGAUAAAUCGAAUAACACUUUAACAGUCAGACAAAAGUCAAACUAAAAAAUUUUAAUCUGCCAAUGAGAAGAGUUUAAACAUAAUAAAAAUGGGGCAGACAAUCAAGAGGAUAGAAAAAAGUUAUGUGGUAUGGGAUGUUAAAUGAGAUAUAUAUAUAUAUAUAUAUACACUAAAUGGGAUUUCUAAAAUAUAAAAGCUUCACAAAAAUAUUUUUUAAGAAAACAUUUAAAUGAUAAGGCCGACUUUAAGAUUUGGUAUAAGGGAUUAAUGUCAGAAAUGAACGUCAUAACAGAAUGUCAUAAGUAUAACUGGGUAAUGCUUAAAACCAACUUUUUAACAUGCAGGCUGCCAGUGAACAAAUACUAGAUUAAGUGUUUUGUGGUCUUUGCAUUUAUUGAAAGCCUUGCAGCUGCAUGAUGCACAAGUUAAGCUGAGAAAUGGCUUUUCUGAAUACUGAUAGCUUAAUAGAAAUUGCAAGAACUAAAAUGUGAUAAAAGCAUGACUGGCUUUCUCAGAGUCAGCAGAGGAUGUUGAGGACCUUUUUUUUUUUUUUAAAGAUGUGCCUUAGCUGGAGGAAACAGGAUUGACCAGUUUUUUGACACUUUACUACAGAGUGACAGUCCAGAAUAAAAAAUGACACCAAAAUAACUGGCAGCAUGGCUAACGCUGGUGACCAAUAUUGAUGAAGUUGGAGAGGUGAAUUAAUUAAACAGUCGCUCUUGAUUUAUCAUUGCACUGGAGGAAACUCUUGCAUUCAGCUCUUAAAACCAGAGGUCAAUAAAACACCAAAAAGUCCAGAGUGAACAUAAUAAUUGAAGUUUCUUGCUUCACUAGAUUUUGGGGCUAUUAUGGAAGCAAUGUGUAAUCUUUGGAUACUUUAGGGAGUCAUUUUUAUCAAGAAUCAAAAGAAUGGACUACAUUUAUGCUUUGGGGAAAUGUGCUUUUUUUUUUUUAAAUCACGUAAUUACUACUUUAAUAUGAUUUUGUUGAUUCUGCUCAAAUAUUGUUGUAUGGGAUAACUGUAUUAGGUUGCUGUUCAUCACUCACUACACAGAGUGUGACCAGGAAGUAGUCAAGCUCAGCAGGACACAACUUUGGCAAUCUUUGAAGUAGGAUAUAUUACUAUUACUGCUGUGAGUCGGUAUGCAGAAAUCUGAGUAUGCUGUCUCCAUAUUAACACUUGCUCAAUAAAAUGUUAAAAUAGGA